UUAAGUUCGUUGGAAAGAAAAACGCUCCAAGAAAUUGCUUUGGUCAAAUAUAUGAAAAUUUUAAUUUGUGAUUUUAUAAUUGUGGCUUUGUUUUUAUUUAUCCGCGAAGCACAGCAAAAAUUUUGCGUAAAACGUCCUAACCUAUGGCAAGCUUUCACAAAUUGUCUGCCAGUCAGAAGUUGAUAAAUUGUUUUACCAUAAGCUAAAUUUUGAUCUGUGAUGAAUGUUUAUGGACAGGAUCGUUAAUUUGAUCAGGGUAACGUUAUUGCAAGAUCACUGUUAAAUACAGAUUUGAUGUCUGUUUGUUUGUAAGUCAACGUAACGAAUAGUUCUUCAUAUAGAAUUGUUUACUAAUAUGUCUCUGGAAAAAAUACUAAAUGAACAAUCAGCUGAGCUUGAAGAGCUUACAAUAGCUGCAACACUUGUUCAAGAAAAUAAACACGUGGAUGAUAUGUUAACUCAUGUAUGUACAAAAUUAUAUGACAUGAAAAAAGAUGUUGAAAAUACGAGAACGGAACUAAAUAUUAUGAAACAAAAAAAUUCUGCCUGUACCAAGUUACUCGAUCUUCUGCAAACCUUGGAAAAUAAAAUCAUUCGUAUGGAAGAAAAUAUACCAAGGGAACUUGUGAUUACAUAUACAAACUAUAACAGUCAGUCAGCAGAGCUAGAGUCAAUUAUUAAUAAAAGUGCAACAGAGAAUAUGGAAGUAAAAUUGCAAACAGUUGUUGACAUGGCUGAAAAUUGUAAUAUUGGCAAUGCGGAUGACAUAAAAAGUUGUAAAAGAAUCUUAUUUAAUGAACCGAAGGAACAUCCAAGAAUAAAAUACAUAAGUGCGGAAGAAUACAAUAAAAUACCUAAAUACAUCAUGGGUCGUCAUUCUUUGGAAUCGCUGAAUGCUUUAGUAUCUGACUUCAAUGAAGUAUUAAAGUCAAAAUAUAGACUUCUCUCUAUGGGAAAGAAUGCAGCAAGAAAGGAAGGAUAUUUAGAACUUUAUUUAAAUUUAACAAAACAACAAACAGCAUUUUCCAAAGGAAAAGAGAAAGUGCAUUUUUUCACAUCAGAGGAUUACCAACGAUAUACAAAAACAAAAUUGGAUAAAAUAAAAUUAAACUUUAUAACCGCACUGCGCCAUGUGAAACGAUUACAACAAGAAUAUGGAGACUCAAAGACUUUAUAUUAUGUUAUCAUGGAAUAACACAUAUUUAAUAUAUAAUUAAAAAAUGUAUUAUCUUUAAUCAAAUUAUAAAUUUACACGAAAAUAAAAUAUAGUAGCAGUGCUACUGUUAUUA